AUAAGUUAUUGGAGGAUAUUUUGGCACAAUGGGACAGUUUCCAUGGUGAGUUGCAGGUUGUAAACCAGACGCUGGCAGAAACAGAGUACUGUCUACAACGUUAUAACCUCAUUGGUGGUGACAUAGCAACACUCAAAAUACAGGUCGAAAAAUUAGAGGGUUUAAUGGGUGACAUGGAAAGACAUGUUUCUCGCUUCGAGAAAUUUUCCAAUCUUGCAAACCGUUUAUCUCAAGUAUGUGAGCCAUCAACUAGACAAGAGAUCAAGAAGACACAGUCAGACAUACAGAAAAGAUGGCAGGAAGUGUUUAAUGAGUUACGUGCCAGGACAGAAAUGUUCCGAGCCUGUUUACAAGAAUGGUUGAGUUAUGAGGAUGAAUACAACACAGCUAAAACUUGGCUUGAUGCCAAGGAUAAGUUGUGUGAUGAAUUAGUGUAUGGAAAGGAACCAAGAACAAGGAGGGAUGCAAACCUUAAAAAUUGUCAGACACUACAGAGAGACCUUGAUCAUUUCCAGUCACAACUUGCCAACUUGUACAGAAUGGGUGAAGAUGUCACUAAGAACAUGGAUCCAUCAUCAAUAGUUAACAUCACCUCAAAACUCUCAGGACUUGAGCAGCGCCUGCUAACACUACGACAAAAGCUUGCAAAACAUGUUCAGAGUUUACAAGGAGACAUGUCCCAGCAGAGGAGAUUCCAAGAAGCCUUUGAUAAUGUGAAAGCUUUUGUUUCUCAGGCCCAAAGAAUUCUGGGUAUGGAAGACCCAAACAGAUCAGCAGAUGAAAAAGCUCUUGGUGACCGUUUAGAACACCUUAAGGAACUUUGUGUACAGUUUAAUGACAAUUCUGCUAACCUUGAUGCACUAAAUGACCUUGGUUACAGGCUAGCACUGAAUGAGACCGCAGCAGCUGAUUUGCAGGAUUUGAAUCAUAAAUGGCAUGAACUUUUUGCUGAAACAAAAGAAAGGUGUAAAACCCUCCAGGGAAUGCUUUUGAUUCAACAAGAUUUCCAGUCUAAAUGUGACACCUGGAUGACAUUCCUGGCUCAAACUGAGGCUGACCUUUCUACUGAAAUUGCUGGAAAUUUGAUAGAUUUGUUAGCACAACAGAAGAAAUGUGAGAAAUUUGAGGCUGAGUCAUACAGCAGACAACAAAUUCUUCACGCCAUUAUCAGUGAUGGUCAGACAAUGAUGAAUGAAGGUGACAUUGAAAACAAGGAUGAGUUCCAGCAAAAGCUUAUACUAUUGGCUAAUCAGUGGCAGAGUGUAAACAGGAGAGCCAAUCAGAGAAAGGCUAUCAUAGAUUCCACUAUCAAACAAUGGCAGAGCUUUAAUGAUAUGUCAGAGAAGUUGAGAGAAUGGCUGAAGGAGAAGGAGGAGGUCCUUCUUGUCUUCAACUUUGACACUGCCUCUUUACAGAAAGUGAAAAAUCUUGUUGAGAAGGCAAAGAACACUCAAAAUGAAUUUAAACUACAAGAAGACCUCUUCAAGAACAUGAACACCCAAGGGAAACAACUGUUGCAGAGAGCUGACAACAAGGCACAGGAGGAAAUCAAGGUCAGCAUGGCACAAGUACAGCAACACUGGCACCAGAUAUUUGUUAAGCUGGAUGGUGAGAGAGAGAAAUUGGAAGGUGUCCUCAAACAAUGGCGGGAAUGUGAGGACGAUAUUGAGGAAAUACUGACCUGGUUAAAGGACACCAGAAAAUCCCUGACAGGAUCACUUCCACAUGCUUAUGAAGAGCUGCAAGCAGAUAUGCAUAAAUGCAAAGAUAUUGAAGUUGCCUUUGCUAAUGCGGAACCAAAACGCCAGUCACUUCUUGCCCUUGAGACGUCACUGUCCAAAACUAUCGAACCUGAGGACCUGAAUGUCCUUCACCAGAGAAUCCGUCUGCUGAACAAACAGUGGGAUGAAUUACGUAACCAAGCCAGUCUACGUGCACAACGUAUUGAUGACACAAUGUUCCGCUGGUCUAACUUCAGUCAGAAAUUUAAGGAUCUUUGUGAUUGGAUAGACAGAAUGGAAGUCAAGGUUAUCUCAAGUAAAGACUUCCAUAUCGAGGAUCUUCUCAACAGAAUGGAAAAGGACUUUAAGAAUGAAAUGGCAGACAAAGAAAAGACGAAGAAUGAUCUUGUAAGUCAAGGUCAUGCCCUUAUGAAGGUGAGCAGUGAGGUGAGAGCCAGUGAUAUAGAACAGAAAGUGAUCAGAUUGGAAGAUAAAUGGGAACAUCUCAAAGCUGUUAUACAGUUCAGGGAACGAAAGUUACAGGAGACCCUAUUGGCUGUACAACAACUUGAUGUAAGCAUGAGUAAUCUACGUAAAUGGCUAGCCAAUAUGGAGGAUAAUAUAUCAGCACCAAUUAUAUACCAAGACUGUGAUAGAAAGGAAAUACAGAAAAAACUACAACUUCAAAGUGAGUUGCAGCAUGAUAUAGAGCGUCACAGUCCAGGUGUUGGGUCUGUACUGAACCUAUGUGAGGUCUUACUGCAUGACUCUGAUGCCUGUCCUACUGAUGUAGAAUUUAAUGGACUUCAAACUGCCAUGAAGAAUCUUGAGAGACGCUGGAGGGGAAUUUGUCAACUUGCUCCAGAGCAAAGAACUAGGAUUGAGGAGACAUGGCAACUGUGGCAGAAAUUGAUAGAUGAUUGUAGAGACUUUGGUGAUUGGCUCAAGGGUAUGGAGUCGGAGGUCACUGAUGUCGCAGCUGACCAAUUAAAUGUGAGCACAUCUAGUGAAGAGUACAGUAGAUGUGAGUCUGUCCAGAGAAAGAUUCAUGAAAAUCUGAGUAAAUUGGAGAACAUUAAUCGCCAGUAUCGACGUCUAGCAAGAGAAGGUCGUACAGACUCUGCUGGUACUUUGAAAACAAUGAUGCAGGAUGCCAAUGAUCGCUGGGAUAGAAUGCAGGGUAAAAUGUCAACAAACCUGCGUGAAAUUCGACAUUCCUCAAGUAUUAGAGAUGAUUUCAAACAGACAAAAGACUCAUUAUUAAAAUGGUUAACAGAGAUUGACAUGCAGUUGACCAAUAUUGAACAUCUUUCCUCAAUGGAUGUAAAAACAAAAUUAAGAGAAAUGCAGAGAAUUCAAGAUGAAAUAGAUUCAAGAGCAAGAAAGUUUGAUUUCCUAGAUGAAGCUGCCUUGUUCCUGAUACAGAAAGGUGAUAGCACAGAUGCUAUUACCACACAGGCCGAGAUUGACUCCUUCAGACAAUACCACAGACAAGUGCUGGACAGGGUGGCAAUCACAAAUGCUAGACUUUCUGCCAUGCAGACUGAGGAGAGAAUGCGUCUUGAUGGUGAUGAUCUAGACCGUCUAGAGAGAGAAUUGUAUACACUGGCACCAGGUGAACAAUUAACAUUAGACUGGGACAUGAAAGAAAUUGAAGCUUACCUCGAAUCCUCUCCACCAGAGAGUCCUCCAGAAAAACGUAGAGCUUUAUUGAAAAAGUUACGAGAAAGAUCUAGGUCACGAUCAACAUCACCUAAAAAGUUACCAUUAGUGACAGCUGCCACACAUUCAACAUUACAUUCUUCACCAACUUACAAGAGAAGAACAAUUGAUACUUUAGAUUCGGCUCCAUUAAGGUCGCAGAGACCAGAAUCUCCAAGGUCACGCAGACCUGGAUCAUCCUCCCCAACAAGGUCAAGGUCACCAACAAGGUCAUUGAGAACAAAAUCACCAAGACGUGUUGCAAAGGAUUAUGUUGAUAGCAGAGGCCAUUCACCAUCAAGGCAAGAAAGAUUUAACAGAAUGAAGUCAGAAUUAACACAUCGUGGCAAGGAGGCACAAGUUGAAGAAAUCCUUGAGAAACUAGCAGACGCCCUCGAGGAAGCUACAGAAAAGAUGGAUGUUGCUGACCGUCAACUUCGCAUUUCUAUGCCAAUAGCUCCAGGGGUAGAACAUAGAUCUUUGAAUUAUUUACAGAGUAUGACAGAAGCAGAGAAAUGUGUCGAGGAUGUACGACGUAUACAUCGUCUACUGAAAGAAGAGACAGGACUUCAUACCAUAGCUAGUGCUGAUAAACAAGUUGAUGCUGUGGUAUCACGGUGGGAAAUGUUACAAGCUGGAGCCAUACAGAAAGAUUAUCGAUUAAGUCAACAUCGGAAAGACUGGCACCAGUUCUGUACUGACCUUGAGAAUAUGAUGUCAUGGCUUGAUGAAGCAGAGGCUCUGCAAAAAUCUCAUUCUACUUUACCAGGGGAGAUCACUAGGCUUGACUCAAUCAUUAGACAACAUAAGGAAAUAUUUGCAAAGGACUUUCUAGUACAGCUUGAAUCAAAGAAAGCUAGGGUGAUAUCUAUUAAUUUAACUAGUCGGGAACUUGUGGAUCCAACAACAGAUGAAGGGAGACAACUCAUUGAUAGACUUAAACAAAUGAACCGGAGAUGGGAUUCAGUGUGUGCGAAGGCAACGAAGCUUCAGGGUGAAUUACAAGAUGCCCUGAUGCAGUGUCAGGAAUUCCACCAUACCAUACAUGACUUGUUGCUAUGGUUAGAGGGAAUUGAAUCUAAGAUACAGCAGUGUGAACCAAUCAAAAUGGGCAGUGAUGAAGCAGCUUUGUGGACCAGACUUCAAAAGCUACAGGACAUAAAGUAUGAUUUAGAGAAGAAUCAGCCAAGAGUUAUGUCCCUAAGAGAUACGGCAGACCAAUUACUUCUUAACUCAGAUUCUCCAGAAAUGUGCCAAGCUAAGGACAAGAUGCAUAUAAUAGCCAACCGUCUCAAAGCAUUACUCAGACUGUGUUCAUCGUAUAUAUCUAGUCUAGAAACUAGACUGGACACAAAAUCUAGUGUUCGAAGCCCAGAUCGCAGCUUUGAACUCAGUGUUUCACCUUCUUCCUCUGGAGCGAGCAGCCCCAGGGAUAGUGCCAUACGUACUAGUACACCAACACGCCCAUUCCGACCUACAUUCCGUCCACUUACCAACACAUCCACAUCAUCAAGACCUAGAACUAGGUCACCUUUUGCCCUUUCUAGACAGCUUUUAUCAGGAUUAUGCCGAAUUUUGUCGGGAAUUUACCGACUAUUUGUACGACGACCAAAAUUAGCCACGGGAACCAUGGACACCUCAAUCGCACCACAUGACCUUGACACCGAAGAUGACAACGAUAUUGACACAAGUUGUUGUCCAUUUUUGAUGAGAGUUUUACGCACUGCCCUACCAUUACAGUUACUACUACUUCUACUACUAGCAAUAGCAUGUCUUGUUCCAGUGACAGAGGAGGACUAUAGUUGUAUUCUAGCAAAUAACUUCCGCAGAUCUCUUGAUCCAAUGUUGCAAUACACAGAUGGUCCACCCCCUGUAUGAUAGCAUCAUUUAUAUCCAUAACACAUCUAGUAUUAUUUUAUGGGACACAAGUGCAAAAUGCAAUGCCAUUGAUACAUGUUAUUUACUACAAGAAUGUUAAUAUGAAAACUGUAUAAUUAUACAUGUAUUUCAGAAGUAAAUGACAUUACACUUUAAUGAACACCUUGAAGAUUUUUGAAUUUAAAUUGAUUAUUUAGAACAAUUGAUUUUUGAUUUUUUAAAUUACUUUUCUCUAGAAAAAAAGGGAUUAUUUCAGCAAAAUUUUCAGAUCUCUGUGUAUUGUAACAAUUGAUGUUGUGUGUGUGAAAUGACACCUGGAUCACUUUUAUUCAAUAUAUUAAAUGUUUAUAUUGUUCCACAAACAUAAUAUGUGCUUGGUGAAUGGAGAGAAAUACUCACAUACAGACAUUUUGUGAUUAUGUGAUAUGUGAACACUGAAAUUCUUCUUGAUUGAAUAAUGUAAACAGCAGCAAAUAUUGGACACAUGGAUGAAUAUUGUAGACUGUGAUAAAAGGAAGAGAUAGGCUGAGAACAGAUCUGACUUUACUUGUAUAUAAUUAUAAUGUAUGUAUGUAAUAACUUUGUAGCAUGUUGUUUAUAAAAUUAAGUUGCCAUAGAAUUUACAUUUUACAAAUUUACAUCACAAUUUCCUGAUAACCAAAUGGAUAAUUUAAUAUUUUUUGUGAAAUCUUUUCUUGGCAGCAAAAAAGCACCAACAGCCACCAUAUUAAAUAUAGAUAAUAAGAUAAUGAUCCAAUUAUGUGUGAUGUACAUAACUUAGGAAUAUGUAUUAAUCUACAGGGACAUGUAUAUAAAAAUAUAGUUUCCUGUUUAUUAAAUUGACAUUAUAUUAUUUACAUUAGGAAUCUGUAUAUACCGGUAACCAUGAUUUUCAAAAAUGAUCUGUCCCUUUUUGAAAAAGAAAUGUAAAUACCAAUGACUCCAUUACAUAAAACUAUUGAGUCUUUAUUAUAAAGGAAAAUGUAUAUAUCCAUUAAUUCAUGUAUAUUGUCAAGCACCAUUUUAUAUCAUCAACAAUUAUCAUUUAUUGUUUAUUUCCAUGGCAACUUACAUAUAAAAGACUGUGAUAUUUUAGAGACUAAUGUCUCACAAACAACUGUGAUUAUGUUAACUAUGAUAUUUCUGGUACUCAGAGUAUGUUGGACCAAUGAAAAGCCAGCAUGAAGUAAGCUUUAUAAUUCUUAAAGAAAGCUGAUGUUUGGGGGCAGGGGUAUCAAAUUCCACUCUUCUUGUCUUUAAUAAACAUGUAAAUAAAAAAUAAUUUUAGAAGCUCUCAAAGUUAAGAAAUCUCUGUUAACGCAUAAAUCUAAAAUCUUUUAUUUCUAAAUUAUAAACUUUUGCACAAAUGUCAGUAAUAAGAUAAAUUUAGUAGAUACUAGUGGCUGGACUUUUUAAUAUUUUGUGAAGCUGAAACUUCUCUGCUUGCAGGAAAUGUUUCACAAAUUCUGGGAUAUCUGUGGUAAUGUUGUUGUGAUUGUUUUGUCUCAUUGUUGUCAGUCUCAGGUAGUUGUUUCCAUGGUUACUGAAUGUUUACACAUGCACAGAAUGGCUGCAAGUUUAGAACAAUAUGUGACCACAUAGUGGUAAAAUAUUGUCAGAUAUUGUUAUUGAGCAUUCAACUUGACUGAAACAUGUUUUUCUGCAACCUUAUAGUGAUAGGGCCAAUUGCUUUUUGUUGCAAAAAUUCAUGAAGAUUGAAAGUUGAAGAUAUUUAUUAGAUUUGCUCUAUAAAAUGGCCAUACUUUUUUGUGAAAUACACUUGUUUAAGCUGUUGUUCAUAGUUGAAUUAGUGACAGUUUAAAUUUUCUAGACUUUUUGUUGAUGUUAGUGCUUGUUACUUGAUGCUAUUUAUUUAAACCUUUUUAUUGUAUGUUUAAGAUUUCUAGCUUUUUUAGUUACCUUAAUUUAUUCCAGGUAAAUCAUAGCUUGCUAUCAAAUUUUUUACCUUUUAUCACAUUUUAAAAAUUUUACAUAUUAUUUUUAGAACUCUUUGUCCUUUUUAAAUCAUUUUAAUCUUUUAGAAUUAUCUUUAGAGGAAAGGCUAUUUAACAUAUAAAUUUUAAACAAAAAAGCUAGAAUUCUGUAUGAAAAUAAGUACAGAAUAACAAAGUUCUUUAUCUAGCUUGCUUAGAACCAGUAUGCUUAUUUUUUGGUACAUGUAUAAUGUUAUGACAUAAUAUUAAAAGAUACAUUUGUA